UAUUUAUUCUCGUGUUUGUGGCAGUCUGUUGGAGAAUCAAGGGGUGUGGUAUAUAAGACACGAACCUUGUGAAGAAGAAUGGCAGAUUUGUUCCCCGAGUCCAGCAAACAAGGAAGCAACAGUCUUGCAGCAACCAGAAGCUAGUUCAAACUAGUGGAAGGUUGUGUGCACUCCCUGUACUUUGUAAAGCCACCCCCAAGAAAGCAAAAAACCACAAGAAUUAAAGCCUUUGUCGACGAGAGGAGUUCGUCGAUAUCUGAAUCGAAGAAGAGCUGUUUAAAGUAGUAUCUUCUUUUUCGGUGAACAUGGCUCGCGGAAAAGUUCAGAUGAAGCGGAUCGAGAACCCGGUGCACCGGCAGGUCACCUUCUGCAAGCGCCGCGCGGGACUCCUCAAGAAGGCCAAGGAGCUCUCCGUUCUCUGUGAUGCCGACAUCGGCCUCUUCAUUUUCUCCCCCCACGGCAAGCUUUAUGAGCUUGCCACCAAAGGAACCAUGAAAGGGAUGAUCGAGAGGUACAUGAAGACCACCCAAGGCCAAGCUGCUCAGACUGAGGAAGCCACACCGAGCCAACCAUUGGAUGCUAAAGAAGAGAUUAACAUAUUGAAGCAAGAGAUUGAAGUGCUUCGAAAGGGUCCCGGGUACAUGUUUGGAGGAGGAGCUGGUAAUAUGACGCUGGACGAGUUAGAUGUUCUUGAGAAACAACUCGAGAUUUGGAUUUACCACACUCGCUCAACAAAGAUGGAUAUCAUGUUUCAAGAGAUCCAGCUGUUGAGGAACAAGGAAGGGAUACUGAAAGCUGCAAAUCAGUAUCUUCAGGAAAAGGUAGAGGAGAACACUGCGAUUACUAACAUUGUGCCAAUGACCACUAACUACACUUACCCACUAACUAUACAGAAUGAAUUAUUUCAAGAUCUCCUAUUGGUCUAGCCCCUCCUCUAGUGGAGUGGCACCGGUGUUUUUAGCAUUAAAAGUAAGUGUUUGACCGUGCUUGCCCCAAGCGUUUUUGAGCAAAUAAGUAUGUUCAAGUGCUGUGUAAGUCCUUGAAUUUGGGCUACUCUUUUGUUGGGUUCUGGUCACCUGGCUUGUAUGGGACAAAUUUGUGUUGUACUAUUGGUAAUGGGUUUGUGCUCUU